UCACACUCUCUCUUCUCCUUCCCUCCCUGUCUCUCUUACAUUUUAAAGUAAAUCUUUCUCUCUCUAGCUAGCCAUUACAACUGUCACACCUGCUUUUAUGUUCUCUCUCUCUCUCUCUUUGCUAUAGUUGUCCUAUUUUCUCUUUCUCUUACUCAAAGGGCCUUUCAAUCACAGGCUACAACACUUCAGCAGGUAGCCUAGUGGUUGGAGCACUGGUCCAGUAACCAAAAGUUUGCUGGAUCGAAUCACCGAGCUGACAAGUGGGCAUCUUUUGGUGAAUUAUCAACUGUUCGACCAGGAUAUAAAAAAACAAGAGAAUCACAGCUGAUUUGAGGAGUUCAUGACCACAUAACUCAAGGGCAUUGACAGACUUGCCUCUACACCAAUAAUGACUCUAUAAGACACAGUACCAGUACCUGCAUUAGAGAGCCACUAUACCUUUGAUCCUGGCAUGGAGGACGCGACGGAGGUGCGUACGGAUGGGAACUCUCUACUCAAGGCCGUGUUCCUGAGUCGACUGCGUCUGACACGCCUGCUGCUGGAGGGAGGGGCUUACAUCAACGAGAGCAACGAGCGAGGUGAGACGCCCCUCAUGGUGGCGUGCCGGACACGCCACACAGACGCACAGAGCGUGCCCAAACACAAGAUGGUUCGGUACUUGCUGGAGAGUGGUGCUGACCCAAACAUCCAGGAUAAGGCCGGUAAGACGGCCCUGAUGCAUGCAUGUCUGGAGCAGGCUGAAGUGGACGUCCUCACUCUGCUGCUGGGGAGUGGAGCCGACCCCAGUCUGAACGACCACUCUGGCUCCUCAGCUUUGGUCUAUGCUGUCAAUGCAAGGGACAAGGAGGCCCUGAGAGUCCUACUGGAUGCCUGCAAGGCCAAGGGCAAGGAGGUCAUUAUCAUCACCACAGACAAGCUACCUUCGGGAUGCCAGUUGACCAAGCAGUACUUGAACGUGCCUCCACCAACCGACCUGGAAGAGCGCAUGCACUGCACCCCUGGCUUGGCCACCUGCUGCAUGUCCCCCUCAGACAUACAGCUCCGCACCCCUCCACAGGGCUCCCCCGCCAUUGCCUCCCCCCAGCCAGGGAGCCCCCUCUUGGGCCUCAUGGAGCACCACCACCAGGGUGGUGGAAGGGGAACCACCAUCUCUGGUUCUAAUGGUUCUGGUUCUUCUCAGCCGGGCUCCCCAACCAGGGACCCUAGCCUGUUACGGGGCCCCAGUCCUGGGGUGGUGAAGCUGCUCCAUGUACAGCGGCUCCACUCGGAGCCCUGGCUGAAGAUCCCUCCAUCCCUACUGCUGCAGCAGAGCAAGGCCUCUAGCCUGACCGAGGAGCUGCUGGACAUCACCCCAGAGGAGGAGCUCUCCUUCUGGGUCAACAGCUUGGCCUUCUCUGGGUCCAGAAGGGCAGGGCCCGGGGUACAUCCGACCCUCGCCCGUCAUCAGAGCAUCGACGCCAAAGAUGCCACGGGGCUGCUAAGGGCCCUGGAGCCCUUAGCCCAUCAUAAUACAUUUUUCCAUAUAUUUUUUGUAUCUCAGGUGGCUGGGAGCGAGGGAGGCGGCAGAGGACGAAGGAGAGGCCUGAGUAGGAAGAUGUCUUACGACAGUGCUGCAGCUUCUUCCCAUCCCAACCUCUUGCACAGGGGGGACGGAGGAGGCUGCCCCAACUGUCCCUCUGGUGGCCAUGAACCAGUCCUCCCAGUGGACAAAACCUCCCUAGACUGUUGCCUCCCUAACCUGGCCGUGUCCAGCCUAAGGAAUGUAGUCCGCCGCCGCAACAUCGGCAUGGACCACUAUAGCUCUGACUCCCAGCUGCCCCAGUUUGGCCACAGCAGCCACCCAGAGUGUAAUGAAUUCUACAAAGGCAUAGGGUGUGGUAUAGGGGAAACUGAGACGCGUAAGCUAGUCACCAGCCGGUCAUCCACACUGUCAGGCUCCAGGGAAUCCCUGGAGACCACUGCCCAGAGGAGGGGACCCGCAAACCUGGAGAGAAGAGGCUCGGGGGCCCUGCUCCUGGAUCACAUCUCCCACACCCGGCCGGGAUACCUGCCUCCUCUUAACCCCCACGCACCCAUACCCGACAUCGGGGUCAGCCCCACCUCAACCUGCCCCAGCCUGAGUGGGAGCACCAAAGCACUGAAUCUGAACGGGGGUGUUGCAGCAGGGCCGGGGUCAAAGCCUCUCGUCCCCUGCGCACCUUCCUUCCACAGGGAUCUGAAGUUUAAGACAUUGCUGAGAAGACACUCCAUGCAGACUGAGCAGAUUAAACAGCUUGUCAACUUCGAGGAGCUCUUCAGCCACUAAUACGAACGAUGCUAGCUCGGUCCCAGGUCUGUUCAUGUCGUCUUGCAAACCCCAGGCCUAUAGUCAUUGUUACGCCUUGGUAAAACUGCACAAACAGUUUUGGGACCAGACUAGAACGCUGCAUUUUCUUUGUGUGUCUGACUACUGUGUGCUUCGCUUCCUAUGUCAAGCGCUGUUGCUGCUGUGUGACCAUAACAUUGUUAACAAAGAACUUGUGCCUUCUUACCAGAAGUGUAUUAUUGCUCAUCCCAGCUUUUUCAGUGUGCUUAAUUACACUUCCUUUGACAACCAGACUUGCAAUUCCAUCAAGCUCAGGAAGGAAUAGAGGAAUUACGAUCGGCGCAUCAGAACCAUCGGUAACACAACAGCUCUUCUUUGAUCAAUUGAUACACUUAUAUCUGUUUGAAGUCUGAGAGCAGAAAUCUCAUGGUACUCCUCCUCAGGACAUCUAACAACAGACAGAGAUGCUUUUAAAACAUGGGAUGAACUGGGAUGAAGGAAUCUGAGGCCUUGAAUCCUAUAAGGACAGAAGAAUUUACUCUUCAAAGGGAAGGGGGAGUGAGUCAUUCUCUGACUAAAUCAAUGACAGACUGAAAGCAAUGGAUUGGCAACACAGCACAAACACAUCUGGGACUCAGGCUAACUCCUCUGACUGUGGAAGAUCUAAGUCACUAAGGAAAAUAUUAAUGUGUCAGUGGGAAAAACGAACACCAAAAAAUGUAAAUAAGACAAUCAAGAUUCUUGAACACAAAGUGAUUAGUAAGAACGUCAGAGCAUUAUAUUUGCUGAGUAUUUAUUCAACACUGCUGUUUUGUAUACCAUUUGACGAGAUAGUUGUUGUAUUGCCUUUCGCUUGUUCUGUUGUGCUCCUUCACUGCUAAUAAACUGCUUUACGGCCCUUUUCUCUAUACACAGAGUCACUGGGCUCCAUCAGUGGUGUAGUGGUGCCUGGAGAAGUGGGUAUACUCUAAUUUUGCCCAAAAUGUCCCAAACAGCCCGACCGGCAAAUGAAAGGUGCCCUGUGUAAAAAAAAAUCUACGAGACAGUAGCAUACACCCUGGACCCUUAAAUAUUAUCAAUCCUAUAUUGGUCUUUCACAGUCAGUCCAACCCAAGCUGUACUGUGCAAGUAGCCCUACUAUUGAAACAGAAUUCACAUUAUUUGUUCAGUUUUUGCUUUCAAAGUCACACUUUCUUAAUAGAAAAACAACACAAUUUGAUGUUGUAAGGACAUAACAAUGCUUAAACCACAUCAAGAGACCACUGUUAAGGGUCGUAGUUAAGCUUUAAUUCAAGUGUGCAAGCAACUAGCACUGUUGUUUGGUCUGUAGCACAUGAUGGAGUUUGCAAAACAAAUGGCCAUUGGAUUGAUACAAAUAAUCAUGACAUCAUUCUGCCAGGUAGGCAUAGGCUACUUUGUAGCUAGUUAACAUUUAACUGAGAAGGUUUUUGGGAAAGCCUUUCCAUCUACCAGAAGACGGCUAGGUCUCUAAUUACUGUAGCAUCACCUUAUUUUCCUCUCCCUUCAUUGUUUGAAACCUGGACAAUAUCUCAGCUUGGAUGUCAGCCCACCACCUCAAGCUCAACCUCGACAAUAUGGAGUGCUCUUUCUCCCGGGGAAGGCCUGCCCAUUCCAGGACUUCUCCAUCGCGGUCGACAACUCCUUGGUUUCCCCCUCCCAGAGUGCUAAGAACCUUGGCAACACCCUGCCGUUCUUUGCAAACAUCAAAACAGUGACUCGCUCCUGCAGGUUCAUGCUCUACAACAUCCAUAGAGUACGACCUUUCAUCACACAAGAAGUGUUGCAGGUUCUAAUCCAAUUCAUCAUAUCCCAUCUGGACUACUGCAACGCUCUGUUGGCUGGGCUCCCCACUUGUGCCUUCAAAUCCCUUCCAACUUAUCCACAACGUUGCAGCCCAUCUGGUGUACAACCUUCCCUUGUUUUCCAAUGUCACCCCGCUCCUCU